AGAAAAAGAAAAAAGAAAAGGGAAAAGGCAAAAAGGCGAAAGAGGCCAAAUCCAAAACCCUCGGAUCGCGCCGUUCUCUCCCUCGCUCCGUUUCUCGAUCUCUCUGGUUCUCUCUCGAACCCUUUCCAAUCCAUCGCUUUGCUCCUUCACGAGGAGGAGGAGGAGGAGGAGGAGGAGGAGGAGACCCCUCUCUCUCAGAUCUCGUCGCCAUGGCCUCGAACCUCGCUCGCCUCGCCCGGCGCCCCGUUGCCACGACAUUGCUUCUCUUGAGGGGUUGCAAACAUGUCCGACAGUUUAGCCACCACAUCCUUCCAGGUAGUACUGAGUGCUUGAGACCUACAAGGAAAGUCAUAGAUUUCCUUCCAAGGACUUCUCCUUACCAAGUAUGGAGCAGGUCAUUUGCUUCUGACGGUGGCAAUCGGGUUGAGGCUGUUGUUCCCUUCAUGGGUGAAUCUAUAACUGAUGGAACUCUCGCCACCUUCUUAAAGAAGCCUGGUGAUCGAGUUGCAGUUGAUGAACCAAUAGCACAGAUUGAGACUGAUAAGGUGACGAUCGAUGUAGUUAGUCCUGAAGCUGGGGUGAUCGAAAAGUUGACAGCAAAGGAAGGUGAUACUGUGACUCCAGGAACUAAAAUUGCUGUUAUAUCUCCCAGUGAGACACAUGUCUCCCCCUCGGAAGAGAAGGCUGAAAAAGCUGCUCCUCCCCCUCCACCCCCUCCUCCUGCUGAGAAAGAGAAGGUUGGGCAAAAAGCUGAUAAAGUGGAGCCCCCGAAAACCGAAAAGCCGAAAGCUGUUUCCCCUCCACCUCCUAAAGUCUCUCCUUCGGAGCCUCAGCUUCCUCCCAAGGAAAGGGAAAGAAGAGUUCCUAUGCCAAGGCUGAGAAAGCGAGUUGCCACUCGUUUGAAGGAUUCUCAGAACACAUUUGCUAUGCUGACUACAUUUAAUGAAGUUAACAUGACAAAUCUGAUGAAGCUUCGUUCUGAUUACAAAGACGAAUUUCUCAAAAAGCAUGGUGUGAAGCUGGGACUAAUGUCUGGUUUCAUUAAGGCUGCUGUGUCUGCCCUUCAAAACCAGCCCGUCAUCAAUGCGGUCAUCGAUGGUGAUGACAUCAUCUAUAGGGAUUAUAUCGACAUCAGCAUUGCCGUGGGCACAUCUAAGGGUUUAGUGGUUCCGGUUCUCCGCAAUGUUGAUGCAAUGAACUUUGCGGAUAUAGAGAAGACGAUUAAUACCCUCGCUAAGAAGGCAAAUGAGGGGACAAUAUCGAUCGACGAGAUGGCUGGUGGAACAUUCACGAUUUCUAAUGGCGGAGUCUACGGGAGCCUCCUCAGCACACCCAUCAUUAACCCUCCUCAGUCGGCCAUUCUGGGGAUGCAUUCGAUCGUCCCGCGUCCGAUGGUCGUGGACAGCAGCAUUGUCUCGAGGCCAAUGAUGUACGUCGCCUUAACGUACGACCACAGAUUGAUCGACGGCAGAGAGGCCGUCUUCUUCCUGAGGCGGAUCAAGGACGUGGUGGAAGACCCCCGCCGGCUCCUCCUUGACUUAUAGAAAAAGCUCGAACGGCACUGAGAUGGCUCUUCAAUUCUCUUUUAUUUUCCCAAAUAAAUCUUAAUGGAACAGUUUUUUUUUUUUCGCUGAUACCUUGUUGCUCCUUUUACUUUUUUAAUCUGAGGUUGGUUGCGGAUAAUUGAAGAGAUUAGUUACGGAUUGUAUUGUGUCAUCGCGCUUAUCGGGUGAUUAGAAAUCACCGAACAUGUCGGUUGACUUUUGCGAUUUUGAAUAGGAAUUGAAUUUCUAUUUUGAGCUAUUCAACUCAAUGCAGUUUUCAUUUUUGGUUUGGCCGUGCAA